AUGCUCAAUCUAUCCACGCCCCCGACGAGCCGGCGCACCGACAAGGUCGAGGUCAAGACCUACACGUCCCACGUAUCCCCGAGCGAUGGCGGCGAGAACGAGGGGGACGAGGACAGCUCCCCGUUCCUGACCAAUGUCAGGGAGGCUGAGCAGGACGUCCUCUCGCCGGCGAAGGCCCGCCACUCGCGCAUCAUGUCCGGUAAUGAGCUAUCGCCCCUCAAGAUUCUCCAAGCAUCGACUUCCAGCUCCUCGGGGACUGAGGCGCCCCCCUCGUCCAAGAGGCAGUCGAUGUCGAUGCAGAUGCCGCCUCCGCGGAGCCCACGGAAGAUAUCACCCCUCGAGAGGCGGUUUCCCAUUAAGGUCGGCACGCCGCUUCAGACUUCCUUUCAGGCACCCGCCGAGACAGCUGUACAGACACCAGUCCAGCCGCCAGCCGAGACGCCUCGUGCUAGACUUACACACGAGCGACAGAUGAGCCUAGAGGAGGCGAUAAGUGAGAACACAGGGCUAAAACACGCCAUUGAGAUCUUUGAAGACGACGAAAGCGUGCUGGAGAACGGAGUGGAUGGUGACGGCGAUAACAACACGGCCACGAUAUCCAUCCCUGUAGUAGAGGAAGAGGAGGAGCAUGGCUACGACGAGAUGGCUGGCGCGGACGACACAAUGGUCAGCACACUGAGUAGCUUCUCCGCGGUCCCGAACAUGACCAUGUUUGCUCGCCUCGGCCAGACGCCCGUUCGUGGCCAGCCAGCCGCGAUGAGCAACGCCACCCCAAUGGCAACGCCCCGAGCCGGCCCCUUGCCGAACAGAGGGCCCCCUCAGCGAGAUUCAGGAAACACCACAAACCUACUAGAUUUUACGGAGCAAUUGCGCUUCCCACACGGCCGGGCAGAAUCACCAUCGAAGAACGGAGCUUCCGCGAGAGAACCGGCGGUUGCUAAGACGCCCCAGCGCCAGAGCCUAGCGAACCUUCUUGACUUUGAUAUCCCUCCCCUGCCCACGCCGCGAAGCAUCCCCACAGUCACACCCCGAGAGCUCGAAAGUCUCAAGUCAAAUUUCCUGUCUGAAAUCAGCAGCCUGAAGGCCACGCUGAGCGGCAAGGAGGCCGAGGUGACGUCGCUGAAGGCGGCGCUGGGGGACGCGGAGAAGCGUGCGGGGGAGUACGGCGAGCAGCUGCGCGAGGAGCGGACGCUCAGGGAGCAGCUGGCGGUCGACAAGGACACGUGGGAGAAGCGGGGCCGCGAGAUGGAGAGCAUCCUGCGCAAGGUCAAGGAGGAGAUUGUGCUCAGCCAGCGGGAGCGCGAGGACCUCGAGUUCAAGCUGGACGAGGCCGAGAAGCGCCGCGAGGCGGCCGAGAUGAUGGCCCAGGACGCCGAGAGCAAGAUGGCGGGCAUGCGCGCCGGCAAGCUCACCGCCGAGGGCGAGCGCGUCGAGUCCCCGAGCGGCGUGAGGAGCCCCGCCUCGAAGACGCAGAAGGAGGUCGAGAUUGCCGUGGAGCGCGUGGCGCGUGAGCUGCACGCUCUGUACAAGGGCAAGCACGAGACGAAGGUUGCGGCGCUGAAAGAGAGCUACAAGGGCCGCUGGGAGAAGAAGGUGCGGGAGCUGGAGGUCCGUCUUGAGGAUCUUGCCAAGGAGAACGAGGACCUGCGUAUUGGCCGCGAUGCUACCAUGACAAAGGUCGAUCCCAAUGCCGUGGCUGCUGAAGAGGAGCGCAGGGAGCAGGCCGCGAAGGACUCCGCUCAGAUCAAGGAGCUCGGUGCCGAAGUGCAGAAACUAGAAGCAACCGUCAAGUCUGUGCAGAACGACAACUCGGAACUGAGACGUCUGCUAGAGCUCGAGCGUGUAGAGAAAGGCGAGCUCGUCAUCCUCGCCGAGGAGAUGAUGUCAAUGCAGCAGAGCUUCGUCGCUACCGAGGACAAGCGCCCCGCCAGCGCUGGCAUCCCCUCGACCAAGGCCCAGCCUGGUAACGAGAACGCCCGGGCGAGCGGACCGCGGACUUCUAUGCUAAAGACGCCAGGCUCUAUCUCACGAACUGGCGAGAGCCGGAUCGGCAGGAUGCAGCAGCCGCACGAACGGAAGCAGAGUAUCGGGAUGAGCGGGAUUGCACGUCCCGGUAGUGGACAGGCCGUGCGGAACGGCAUCAUGAGCUCAAUCGAGAAGAUGGGGAGCUACAGGGGUCGCGGAGAUUGA